UUUUUUGGAAAUGGAAGCCCAAUUAUUUUAUGUGUUUCAAGGGAGGGGAGCGUCGCCUGCGUAGUGUUGUGUCCGGUUGGGUGCGAAUCGUGGGCUGCAUCUCUUGUUCUCAUCGGAGCUUUCUCUGUGUCUUAUAGGAGGCAUCUUAUUUGCUCUGGAAUUGAUGGAGGCCAAAUUUUUUCGCUUUCUCAAGAUUGUGGGUGUUGGAUACAAAGCCAGAGCUGAAGCUGCAGGACGUCUAUUGUAUCUCAAAUUGGGGUACAGCCAUGAGGUGGAAUUAGCUGUCCCUCCUGCUGUCCGAGUUUUCUGCUUCAAAAACAAUGUAAUUUGCUGUACAGGGAUUGACAAACAAAGAGUGCACCAGUUUGCAGCCACUGUUCGGACCUGUAAGCCUCCUGAAGUUUACAAAGGCAAGGGCAUAAUGUAUGUUGAUGAAGUUAUCAAGAAAAAACAAGGAAAGAAGUCUAAAUAGUCAUAUAAUCUUAGGUGAUUUUGUGAAGUCUACACCGAGAUGUACAUUGGUGGCUACACUCUGUCUGCACAAAUCACAAUGAUUAACUCUAGCCUUCAAACAAUUUUAGUGUUGGAACCCUUGAACAUAGCAUUAUGAUAAUCAUUUAUUUGCUUUGAAAUAACAAUAAUUUCUUGCUUCAGUAU